AUGCCCGCUGAAUCGCGCCCAGCUGCCCCGGACUCGCGAGUCCGGAAGACGCUCAAUCGCCAGUCCCGCUCCUGUAAGGUCUGCAGGUCCCGCAAAGUUAAGUGCGACCGCGUCAAACCAUGCCAUGCGUGCUGCGCUCACGGGUAUCCCUCGCGGUGCGUCUACGACACGGUGCCCGAAGAUGAGGCUCGUCCAAUUAGCCAGGCGGAGGAGAUCCGAAAUCUGCGAGUGGAGAUUCGAGAUCUCAGGGCAAAAAUAGACGAGAGGCAAGAUGGAUCUGGGAGACGAGAGUUUGAGCGGCUGGACCAGCUUGAGAGCUUGUUUGAGUCUAUUCGGUCGGCUCCAAUUAGCGUGGUGGACGAUAUUGUCCGAGAUAUCCGGGCAGCACAUGGAGGCCUCAAAAAUGAUAUGGUGAAGGUAGGGCCAUGGGAAGGCCUAGAAGCUUAUGAGGGCUUUGAUUAUACACCCAGCACUCCUGUGUCUAUGAUCCCGUACCGCAAACGAGCCUUUGUUGCUCCGAGUGCCAAUUUCAAUGGACCCAUUGAGACGAACGCAGAUGAGGGCGUGGAUGUGCAAUUUAUGGAUGACAUCGGCAUCGAUAGUGGCUCUGAAUCGGGAUCGUCUGGUACGAUUUCCUUUAUGAGCAUGCAGCGACCGGCAGUCGAUGUCUUUGUAGAGCGUUUCGUUGAUGCGUUCAGCCCUGAGGUCGACACCAAAUCGGGGCGUGCUGGUGCAUUAAGAGCGGCCGCAGGGAUUCGAAUGUUCUCUCCACUCAUAUCGGACGCAUUUGAGGCAGUUUCGGUGGCCUUUUUCGGCCGGUCUGUCGGGAAUAAGGGGCUUGAAGCUUCAGGAUUUCGACUUUAUCCACGCGUGCUUCGUGGUCUUCAAGAUGCAUUGCUUGACCCAGAGCGUUCCAAGUCAGAGGCAACGCUCGUGACCGUCACACUUUUGCUGGCUUUUGAAAGUGUCGAAAGAACUACCGAGGAUAGUGUACCUGCUCACGUUCGCGGUGCCGUACGCCUAAUCGAGCAUCGUGGCCCGGAAAACCACAUGUAUGGAGUUGAGCAUCUCCUCUUUACCGAGCUAAGACCUUAUUGGAUCGCGGGCUCGGUGGCUAUUCGCCAGCCCACAUUCUUAGCUCGCGAGGAGUGGAAGACCAUUCCUUGGGCCGCUUCUUCUACAUGCACAAAAGAUGCCCUUAGCAAGAUCAUAUAA